UAGAAUACAGUAUGUGUAGCUACAAAUUGCAUUUUAUUAUAAAAAUAAAUCAUAACAUGAAUUUUCGGCUUUUAUUAGAUAUUAUUGAAUUUUAAAAGACUAAAAAACAUUAUUAAUUAUUUACUCUUUUCUUUCUUGUAAAUAUUCUUACUAAGGUUAUAUUCCAGUUAUUUCUUAAAGUACAUAACGAUGGAUCCAUUUAUUAUUGCUGCUAUUAUUAGCGCUCUCGUAAUAAUAGCUUUAUCAAUUGCGUUUUUACGUGUUUCUCAAGUUAAGCAACAACCUGGAGCAAGACCUAGAGCUGUGGCACAAAGAGAUGGGGGUCCAGGCAGAGUACAAGCUGUUAGAAAUCAGAGAGCACGGAUGAGAGCUAACGCUGCUAGGCACCAAGCUGCUUUAAUUGAAGAAGAACCUGCAAUUGCUGAGGAGGUAGAGGAAGAAGGUAUCCCAGAAGCACCAAAAUUGGAUUUGGAUGACAAAAUGGGAGCCAAGAAACGUGCAAAAUUAGAAGCUAAAAUGGAGAAAAAGAAAGCAAGAGAAGUGGAGGGGCAAAUGCGUGAAAUGAAAAAGAAACGUGAUGAAGAGAUGGAAGAAGAGAGAAAAAAAGCUGAAGAAAAACGUGAGGAAGAAGAACGCAAAGCUGAAGAAGCAAUACGAAAAGCAGAAGAAGAACGGAAGAAACGUGAACAAGAAGAGUAUGAAGCAUUGAAAUCAGCAUUUACUGUUGAAGGAGAAGGUUACGAUGAGAACCAAGAACAAGAUCAAGAAAACAUGCUAAAGCAAUUCAUAGAUUAUAUCAAGGCACAAAAAGUUGUUUUAUUGGAAGAUCUUGCUGGCAACUUCAAAAUUAAAACACAAGCUGCUAUUGAUCGAAUUACUGAUCUACAAACUAGUGGAGAACUAACUGGUGUUAUUGAUGACAGAGGAAAAUUCAUAUAUAUAUCACAGAAGGAGCUUGAAGAUGUUGCUAAGUUUAUAAAACAAAGAGGAAGGGUUUCCAUAGCUGAUUUAGCAGAAAGCAGCAAUGAUUUAAUUAAUUUAAGCCCUGUAUCCAUAGCAUAAGUACGGUUAUGUUAAGUAUCCACAAAUGGUUUUGUAAUAAUUGUAAAUUUUAAUUGUAAAGAGUAAUAAAAGAUAUUUUGUUUAU